GGAUAAAACCAUAAACCUUUUCUAAACACCUGCUUAGAGUAACCAAAAAACUCGUUUAAAGCAUAUUUAUUGAAGUCUGUCUUUGCCAGUGUCCUCCGGGCCACUCAACUCAGUGACCCGUGGCUAAUUAAACCUGGUAGAGAAUGUGUCUUCAGCCAUUGGUGCUGCCACUGAGCCCAGCGGUGGCUCGACCUUGUUCUAUUUUACACAUACGUUUGUCUAUCAGUUUGUCUUCUCUGCAUGGUGGUGUAGUAGUUCAUGAUGUAGACAUAACAGCUUUAAAUACUAAAGGAAGAAAUCGAAGUAGCUUGUUUGAAUCUUCGUGAGUGAAAUGCUUUGGGUUUGAGGUGUAGAAUAUAUAGGAAGAAAGGAAACCAUUUUUUGAAAGCAUGCUUUGGAGCCGGGAAGGAAAAUGUGAGCCCAGAUCAACUAAUUAGAGCUCUGCCCUUUAGGAUUUGGUAAUAACUGCUGCCUAAAAAGAAAAGCUGUUCUCCAUCGAUUCAAUAAGUAAUCAGCUUGCGCUUCAGAAGGACAGCCGGGGGAGAAAAAAGGACAGCUAGGGGCUAAGAGGCUAGCGCUUACAUAACAUGUAAAAUGGAAGCAACUUUGGAAAAGUUUGUAUUUGCAUUAUGCUGCCGGAAUAGAGGGCGUUUGUUUCCUGAAAUGGCCUUUGCGCGGACUAGCUUCUCCGCGUCCCGAGUCCUGCGCCCCCUUGAGGCGGCGGGUGCCCUAAGCCCUGUAAUGUGAUCUCCCUGCUCCUGGAUUGGUCGGAGGCUGAGUUUCCCCCCAGGAGCAGCGCCUAGCCGGGGCUCCCAAGGCGGCCCCGCACCGCACGGCACGUCCCGCACCGCAGCCGCCGCCGCCGCUUCCGUCGCCACCACCGCGGCUGCUGCUCCUGCUUCUUGGCUUCCAGCAGCGAAUGGAGCGAUGGAGUCCAGACUCUCCUGCUGGACCGCUUGCUUUCUCCUGGUCGUUUGGUGCCUGCCAGUGCUGCCCUGCCCUAGCCGGUGCCUUUGCUUGAAGAGCACCGUUCGCUGUGUGCACUUGAUGCUGGAUCACGUUCCUCAGGUGCCGCAUCAGACCACAGUUCUAGACUUGAGGUUUAACAGAAUACAAGAAAUUCCUGGGAGUGCCUUCAAGAAACUCAAGAAUUUGAACACUCUUCUCCUGAACAACAACCAAAUCAGACAGAUUUCCAGAAAUGCUUUUGAAGGACUUGAAAAUUUGCUUUAUCUGUAUCUGUACAAGAACGAAAUUCAUGCCCUAGAUAAGCAAACAUUUAAAGGACUCAUAUCUUUGGAACAGCUGUAUAUUCAUUUCAACCAAAUAGAAACGCUACAGGCGGAGACCUUUGGAGACCUUCUCAAAUUAGAGCGACUGUUUUUGCAUAACAACAGAUUAUCUAAAAUCCCGGCUGGGAGCUUUUCUCAUCUGGAUUCAUUAAAGAGACUGCGUCUGGAUUCCAAUGCUCUAGUUUGUGACUGUGAUUUAAUGUGGCUGGGGGAACUUAUGCAAGGCUAUGCCCGAAUUGGCCAAACUCAGGCUGCUGCUACAUGUGAAUAUCCCCGAAGGCUCCAGGGACGCUCCAUCGCUUCGUUAACAGUAGAGGAGUUCAACUGUGAGAGUCCUCGAAUUACUUUUGAGCCCCAAGAUGUGGAGGUAACAUCAGGGAAUACUGUCUACUUUACUUGCCGGGCUGAAGGAAAUCCUAAACCGAAGAUUAUUUGGAUACAUAACAACCACUCAUUGGAUUUGGAAGAUGAUUCUCGAUUUAACUUGUUUGAUGAUGGGACACUCAUGAUCCGAAACACUCGUGAGUCAGACCAAGGUGAAUAUCAGUGUAUGGCCAGAAACUCAGCUGGAGAGGUCAAGACACAGAAUGCCAUGCUCAGAUACUCCAGUCCUCCAGCCAAGCCUAGUUUUAUAAUUCAGCCUCAGGACACAGAGGUUUUAAUUGGCACCAGCACAACUUUGGAAUGUAUGGCCACAGGCCACCCACACCCCCAUGUCACUUGGACUAGGGGCAGCGGAGAGGCCCUGGAUCGAUCCAGGCACCUGACUACUUCUGGAGGGCUAUACUUACAGAAUGUCACCCUGCAGGAUCAUGGUCAAUUUACCUGUCACGCCGACAAUAAUCAAGGCUCUGUUCAAGCUACAGCAAACAUAAUUGUACAAGCUCCUCCACAAUUCAGAGUAAUCCCCAAGGAUCAAGUGGUGCUAGAAGGACACACUGUCAAAUUUCUCUGUGAAGCUGAAGGCAACCCACCUCCAAUAAUUGCCUGGACCAAAGCAGGAAGGCAACUCUCUCAGGAAAGUCUACAUACAGUUCUCUCCUCUGGAACUUUGAGAAUUGAGCAUGCAGCACAUUAUGACCAAGGCCAAUAUGAAUGUCAGGCAGUAAGUCCGUUGGGAGUGAAAAAAGUAUCUGUCCAGCUAACUGUAAAACCCAAAGCUCUCCCAGUGUUUACGCAACUACCUCAGGAUACAAGUGUAGAGGUUGGCAACAAUAUAAAUAUUUCAUGUCAUGCUCAAGGAGAACCACAGCCCAUAAUUACCUGGAACAAGGCAGGUGUUCAGAUUACUGAGAGUGGUAAAUUCCAUGUCAGUGGUGAAGGCAUGCUAACCAUCUAUGAUGCAGGGCAAGCUGAUCAAGGAAGAUAUGAAUGUGUAGCACGGAAUUCAUUUGGCUUUGUUGUAACCAAUAUGUUUCUCACAGUUGUAGCAAUACAGGGUAGACAAGCUGGCGAUGACUUUGUUGAAUCAUCCAUUCUUGAUGCUGUACAGAGGGUUGACAGUGCAAUUAACUCCACACGAAGACAUUUGUUUUCACAAAAACCUCGCACCCCUGGUGAUCUGCUGGCUCGGUUUCGCUAUCCACAUGACCCAUUUACUGUGGAGACAGCAAGAGCUGGGGAGAUUUUUGAGCACACACUUCUGCUGAUCCAGGAACAUGUGAAGCAGGGGCUCACUGUUGAUUUGGAGGGCAGAGAAUUCCGCUACAAUGACUUGGUGUCCCCGCACUACCUCAGCCUCAUCGCCAACUUAUCUGGAUGUACAGCCCACAGGCAGGUGCCCAACUGCUCUGAUAUGUGUUUCCAUCAGAAGUACCGAGCCCAGGAUGGGACGUGCAACAACCUGCAGCACCCCACGUGGGGUGCCUCCCUGACUGCCUUUGAGCGCAUCCUGAAGCCUGCCUACGAGAACGGCUUCAACCUGCCACGUGGGGUCGGCCGUCACACCCUGUCGGGCCGGCAUCCGCUCCCACCGCCCAGGCUGGUCUCCACAGAGCUGGUGGCUACGGCCACUGUCACCCCUGACCAUCAAUACACACACAUGCUCAUGCAGUGGGGCCAAUUUUUAGACCAUGAUCUGGACCACACAGUGCCUGCGUUGAGCACAUCUCGCUUCUCUGACGGGCGGCUGUGUAGCUCGGUGUGUACGAAUGAUCCGCCUUGCUUCCCCAUCAUCAUUCCUGACUCUGAUCCCCGAGGGACUCGAGCGCCAUGCAUGUUCUUUGCACGCUCCAGUCCCGUGUGUGGCAGCGGCAUGACCUCCUUGGUGAUGAAUUCAGUCUACGCGAGAGAACAGAUUAACCAGCUCACAGCAUAUAUAGAUGCCUCUAAUAUCUAUGGGAGUUCAGAGCGGGAAUCUCAAAUUCUGCGAGACUACUCAGAGCCCCGAGGACUCCUGAGGACAGGCUUGCCAUGGGUCCCAUCCGGAAAGCCCUUACUGCCCUUUUCCUCGGGCCCACCGACUGAGUGCACAAGGCCAGAGCAGGACAGCCGCAGCCCCUGUUUCCUGGCCGGGGACCACAGGGCAAACGAGCAGCUGGCCCUCACAGCCAUGCACACCUUGUGGUUUCGGGAACACAACAGGGUCGCCACGGAGCUGUCUGCCCUGAAUCCCCACUGGGACGGAGACACCCUUUAUCAUGAAGCCAGGAAGAUUGUAGGUGCUCAGCUGCAGCACAUUACCUACAGCCACUGGCUGCCCAAGAUUCUGGGGGAACCUGGCAUGAAGAUGCUGCAGGAUUACCAGGGCUACAACCCCAAUGUGAAUGCAGGGAUCAUUAACUCUUUUGCUACUGCAGCCUUCAGAUUUGGUCACACGUUAAUCAAUCCUAUUCUUUAUCGACUGAAUGACACCUUCGGAGAAAUCCCUGAAGGCCACCUUCCACUCCAUAAAGCUUUCUUUUCACCCUCCAGAAUAAUCGAGGAAGGUGGGAUAGAUCCACUCCUUCGAGGGUUAUUUGGUGUGGCCGCUAAAUUGCGGGUGCCUUCCCAGCUGCUCAGUGUAGAGUUAACCGAGAAGCUGUUCUCCAUGGCCCACUCUGUAGCGCUGGAUUUGGCUGCCACCAACAUUCAAAGGGGGCGAGACCACGGGAUCCCUCCCUAUGCUGACUUCAGAGUUUUCUGCAAUUUGACAUCUGUUGAAAAUUUUGAGGAUCUUCAAAAUGAGAUUAAAGAUUCAGAGAUUCGACAAAAACUGAAAAAGUUGUAUAGCACACCAGGCAACAUUGACUUCUGGCCUGCCCUCAUGGUUGAAGACCUGAUCCCUGGCACAAGAGUGGGACCAACACUUAUGUGCCUGUUUGUUACCCAGUUUCAGCGGUUAAGAGAUGGAGAUAGGUUCUGGUAUGAGAACCCCGGGGUGUUCACUCCAGCACAGCUCACUCAGCUGAAGCAGGCAUCACUGGGCCGUGUGCUCUGUGACAAUGGUGACAACAUCCAGCAAGUCCAGGCUGAUGUCUUCGUAAAGGCACAGUACCCGCAGGAUUACCUGAGCUGCAGUGAGAUACCGCAGGUCGAUCUGCGAGUGUGGCAAGACUGCUGUGAAGACUGUAGGAGUAGAGGACAGUUCAGAGCAUUUACACAAGAAUCUCGAAAGAAACGUUCUGCUCAGUACAGCUAUCCUGAUGAGAAAGAUAAGGACUUAAGUGAUCUACUCAGUAGGCAGCAAGAUCAUUUGUACAUUGAUGAAGAUGGUAGACAUGUGACAUUUCUGCCAAAAGCAGAGUUUGCCCAAGAUUUCAGCAAUUUUGCAGUGGAAACUCAAAAAACCAUCAAAGCUCUCAGAGAACAGAUAAACAAGCUGGAGGCACGCCUCAGGCAGGCGGGAUGCACAGAUGAUAAAGGGAUUCGAAGAAAAGACAGUGAGCACUGGAUGAAAGAAGACUGCAUUAGCUGUAUGUGUAAGAGUGGCCAGGUCACCUGUGUAGUAGAGACGUGUCCUCCAGCUCCAUGUCCGAGUCUUGAAUUGGUGAAAGGAACCUGCUGUCCAGUUUGCAGAGGCCCAGGAAUGCCAGCUGAUUCCCCAGAGAAACACUAAUCAGUUCACUGCUCUUGAGCUCUGAAUGGGGGAAUUUCUCAGGAAAAGGCAGUGAAGCACUUUUAACCUAUAGUCACACUCCUGGCAUAGAAAACACUGAUUAAAAACAAAUUAGUUCAUUUAACCCUUCAGCAUACUAUAAAGGCUUGGAUCUUUUCAUUUGCUAACACACCUUGAAGUAAUGCAAAAUUAAAGUCCAAAAAGAGGAUAAGGAUUACUUUCUUGUGAGAAAUAUUUCUUGUUGUAAGCUACCAGUUUUAUAUACUGUACAUAGAAAUUAAAAAAAAUAAUCAUGCAAUAUUUUUUUUUAAAUCUGAGUAUUGUGGAAAAAAAAUCUCUCAUUUCAAAAUUCUGAGAAAUCCUGAUCUCCAGGAGUUUUGACAGAAUGUGUUUUACAUUCAGAGAAAACAUCUGGAAAGAUCUGUGAUGACUUUGGCUCAUGUAAUCCAUGCUGCUUUCCUCACUCCACUCCGUCUCUCACAUCUAGAACAUAAAAAAAUGCCUAGAUUUUUCUAGAAAGGUAUUUACCUGAACCAUUAGUAGGCACCACCUUCUAGAGCAUGAGGGAAAAUUCAGUGAAAGUAUAUUUGGUGGAGUUUGCCAUUUUUACAUUUGGCUGGAAAAUACAAACACUGUGAUGGAAAGAGCCUUCAAAGGAGCCUUGCUCAAUUUCUGCCUUUCCCUCAUUUGUCAUUAUUAUCACUAGUGAAAUGUCAAAAUUGAAAUUUACCAAGUCUGAGCAAUUCCCAGGAACAAUCUGAAUUUACUAUCAGAAGAAUUGGAAAUGCUUUUGACUUAAACAAAAUGUGUUGUUACGAGGUUUCUUCUAAUUUUGGCACUCUCUUACAGCAUUUAAAAUACAAUCCAAUAGACAAUAGGUUAGUUAUAUUCGGAAUUGAGUAUUUAGUAAAUUAGGUGGGUUUCACUUAGUAAAUUCUUUUUUUAAAAGGUGCAUAAAAGGUGCACCCACAGUACUUGGGGUUGUUUGCAGUUUUUGGUAGAUUUCUUUAAGAAAUUCUUUGUUGCAGGACUUUGAAGAGACUUCAUGUAGUGUCCUGCCCAAAGGGGCUCUCAGGGUGAUAACACUACUGUUUUCCAAUUACAAAAUAAACAUUUAACACCGGGCACAAUCUCCCAAUAUUUAGAAGCAUUAUGUAAAAUGCAGUAUUCAUUAUAGUGGAAAUAUUUUCAUGGUUUUAAUAUUAUGAGUGAGGAAAGAUGUUUUCAGAGUUUGAUAAUAAUGUUAUUAUUUUAAAAAUGUAUUGGUGAUUCCCUCCUAAGAUUCAAAAUAAUUUUUUACUAAAAAGUUUAAGGACAAAACAAUAAGCUCUAAAAGUUUGAUGUUUAAUUUUUUUUUUUUAAAGAUUUUACUUACUCAUUUGACACAGAGAGACACAU